ACCUCUGGUCUGCCCAUUUCUGCUCUAUGGCCGUACAAAAACAGUCUACUUAUUACAAUCCAAAAUCUAAGCUGAUACUCAUUGGACAGAAUUUCAGCACGCCAUUUAAGAUGUAUGCAUGUGAUGCUGCCAUACAGAGAACUGAGGUAUAUGAAUACCUAUUGUCUCUCACUGGAGGCAAUCCAUGUCCAAGUUUCCAGACCUUCAAGAUCUUGUAUGCCUGGAGACUCUUCAGGGCCGGGCGCUUUACUGAGGCCUUGAGGUACGCGGAGGCCAUUGCAACGGUGCUGUUAGCCACGUCAGCUACACCUUGCACGGCUAUGACCAGUCUCCUGGAGCUGUGUGAUGCACUGCCUCAGAAGCUAGCCUACUGGGUUGAGCCUCCCUGGAUGAAAGACCUCAAGAGGUCUGGUAAACACCCGGCCCAUGAGGACCUCAAUGAGCCUCAGCCUCAGCCUCAGCCUCCCGCCUGCUUGAGCAACCCAACGUUGCUGAAAGUAAAACCAAAGAAAAAGAAAUCUGCCAUGAAGCGGUUUUGGAUUCGCUGCUUCAGCUGUUGUGGCAGAGCACAGGAGUAGUUCAGCUCCUCUCCAUCAAUUAUCAAUCUGGUUCUCAUCUCCAGUAAACACAGCGUAAACUCCCCUGUCUCUCCUGCAAGGCUGGCAUUUCCUGCUAUAGUAAAUCAUCAACCCUCGCCUACUUCUGUAUUUGUAUUCUGGAACAUCCCUACUGUAGGCCACUGUGCCUCGUGGGUCUGUGAUGAGACCAGAUACAUGUACUUCAAUGGUUUUCUCAAUAAAAGUACUUUGCUAUGUUGCCACUGCAUUUGACGUACACACUUAUCCUUCCUC